UGUUGUUUUCAGAAAAAGUUGAUGCUUUUUUUUAUUUACAUUUUAUUUUUAAGAGCCCUACAAAGGGACUGACAGCGAUCAGUGUGGAAACUCCUCACAUGCAGCUGUCAUGAUUUUACUGAAGCAUAUGAAGGUUUAAUCUUCUAGAAGAGGUUCCUCCGCUCCUAGUAGCUCCAGCAGGAGCCCGACUAUCAUACUGAUCCCUGCACGGGAGACCCCCAUUGCCUUAUGAUAGCACUGAAAAUAUGUUCAGCAUCUGCCACCCAGGAGGAGCCGGAGAAGACGGAGGACCAGCCAAAGGAGGAGGAGACGGACGGCGAGACCAAGAAGAAGAGGGAGCAAACGGACAACAACCGGAGGGAAACCACUGAUGAUGCCAUCCUACAGCCGGAGGAACGGGCCGCUUUUUACAGACUCCUGGACGAAGGACACAUCCAGCUAUUUCUAGGCAGGGACAGCUGCUAUAAGAUCGCGGACAAGUAUCUCCUGGCCAUGGUCCUCAUCUACUUCCGAAGAGCCAACCUGCGUACGGAGGAAUAUAACACCUACUUCUUUCCAGCGCUGUUUCUUGCCAACCAGUUUGAAGAGGAUGAGAUGUUUCGACGCGAGAUCUACCCCUGGGCCCUCGGACCGAUGUGGACGGCGAUGAAGACCUGGAUGCUACACCUGCGGAACCUGCUGCUCCUCCGGAUGAGAUUCCACGCUUGGGUAACCAGAGACACCUGUGAUCGGAUCAUGGCACAAGACCCCGAGUACUGGGCAUGGAAGAGAGAGCGGAAGGAACAUCACGGCUGGGCCAUACGCUGGUACCGGAGGGAUCCUGGAGAAUACAUCCCGAGAGGCCCAUGGUGGAUCCCUCCCGCCUGCUCCAUCUGUAUCACCGAUCUGCAGCCUUGUGCCGGGGAAGAGAACACCAAGCGAAGGAGGACGAAGAAAGAAGAACAGAACGGAUGAAGACCAAGCCGCCCCAGAUGUAUUCUUAAGGUCACGUUCCCACUUGGCAU